UUCCGGCAAACUACGUUUAAUAUGACGUCAUGAGUUUUUCGCGAAAGCACUCUGGUACCAGUCAAAAUGUCCACCUGAACCGUCAAAUGUCCCAUCAUUCACCAAACGUCAACGUUUUCAGCAAAAAUAAAGUCACGAAAUCAAAAUUUUCAGUGUUAAAAUGCAAGCGCGCGCCCUGGGAACGAUUCGAAACGUCCUGUUUUGCAAAAACGGCCGCUUCGGUCCAACGAUAACGUGGAUCCUGAGAAAAUUCUCGGCCAAAAAAGUCACGAAAUGCAAAGAGCCCAAAACUAAAGGCACUUUUAAACAGUGUACGAUAACCGACAACAUGGUUGAUCCGUGCCGACCGGAACCGUCGAUCGUGAUAAUCGGUGCCGGAAUUGCCGGAUUGAGUGUCGCUCAACGUUUGUCUCAGUGCGGAUUGAACAAAUUUACUGUUCUAGAAGCCACAGAAAGACCUGGAGGUAGAAUCCAUUCCUGUUGGCUGGGCGACGUGGUAGCGGAAAUGGGCUGUCAAUGGAUUCACGGCGCUUCAAUCGGCAACCCUGUAUACACUUUGGCCGCUCAGGAAGGGCUACUAAAAACACCAUUGAAAAGAAUAGAUUUUUCUAAAGGAUUAUAUCUGACCAGUGACGGUCGUGCCAUUGACCAAGCGACCGCCAUGAUGGCUUAUCACGUGUUCGCGCAAAUCAAACGAGAGGCCGCCAGUCUUUUCACGAUGGGCUGCGGCAAAGAGCACGGCUCGUUGCUGAACUUUCUAAGUCUGAGGAUCCAGCAAGAGUUGCAAAAGUUCGCCGAAGAGCAACGCUACGAGGUGUCGCGCAUUUUGUACGGUUUGUCGCAACGCGUGCGCUUUUUGGCCGGCGAAGAUUUGAGUCGAGUCAGUGCCGACAAUUUCGGCAGUUACAUUUCGAUUCCUGGCGGCAGUGUACAAAUUCCUUUGGGAUUUGUUGGUGUUUUAUCGCCCCUACUCAAAGACCUACCCGAAUGUAGCGUGAAAUUCGGCAAACCGGUCGGUUUGAUUCGUUGGGGUUCGGUUCAAGGUCACAAAAAAGGCGGGCCAAGGGCGGUGGUCCAGUGCUGCGACGGCGAAGAGUACUGUGCCGACUAUGUCGUCAUCACCGUGUCGUUGGGCGUGCUGAAAGAACACGCCGAGAAAAUGUUUUGCCCGGCCUUGCCCGCCAACAAAAUGGACGCCAUUAAGUGUCUCGGUUACGGCAACAUUGAUAAGAUAUUUUUGGAUUACGAAAAACCGUUUUGGGUUUGGUCCGAAGGUGGAAUUAAGUUUGCUUGGUCACCUGACGAGUUGUCACACAGAAAUGAUUGGACUAAAGGCUUGGUGUCAGUGGAAGAAGUUGAAGGCAGCCGUCACGUGCUGUGCGCAUUCAUUUGCGGUCCGGAAGCGGUCGUCAUGGAACAAGCCAGCGACGAGGAAGUAGCUGAAGGCAUCACGCGCGUUUUACGUCAAUUCACCGGCGACGCAUCGUUGCCGUAUCCGUGCACGAUUCUACGUUCGAAAUGGGCGAGCGAUCCGUACUUUUGCGGAGCGUACUCGUACAUGAACGUCACGUCAAACGUCGGACAUCAGUGCGACUUGAGCUGUCCGGUGCCGGGGUCGUGCGAUCCGGUGCCGCCCAUUUUGUUGUUUGCCGGCGAGGCUACAUCUGCAGGUUACCAUUCAACGGUGCACGGUGCUAGGGUGAGCGGAGUAAGAGAAGCUGAAAGGAUUGUGCAGCUGACCAAGAAAUUUGCCGGACCUCCGCCGCCAUUGUAGACUUAUUUGUAGAGACGUUUAUAUAUCUAUUUUAAAACCUAUUUUAUAUUCUGAAUGUUUGUUUUUACAAGAUUUUAAUAAAUAUUUUUUGGUCGAUAUUGA